CACAAGCUCAUUUCCUUGGGAUUGUAGAUUUUUUCCUGAUCUGUCAACUGGUUGCUCUGGAAUUAUAUUUGUCUGUUUCACCAAGCCAGCCAAGACUUCUAUCUGCCCCUGUACUCAUAGUUACAUAUUUGGAACACGUAUAGCCAUGGCUCAGGCAGGAAUGCGUGAAUUUCUUAAAAAGGCAUUGGCAGAAAAGGAAGAAAUCAGUCCUUCAGAUCGGCUGUUUUUCCAUAAUGGAGAGAUGUAUCCUGCCAUGAUUUGUUGCCCACAAACACUGAAAAUUCUUGACACCUUUGAAACCAGGAGUGAUGAUGUGAUUUUAGUGGGAUACCCCAAAACUGGUACUAAUUGGGUUGGACAGAUUUUAGUUGAGUUGGAAGCUGCAUCUGGAAAAUAUGAUGAUGAAGAAAGGAAAAAUAGGAGUAUGUGGCAAAGAGAAAGUGAAUUAUCACUAUUUCCAUAUCUUGAAUUUGGAGAUCCAGGAAAAUUUGAGAGGAUGAAGCAACUACCUUCCAGAAGAGUGAUAAAAACACAUCUUGCUCCUCAAAGACUACCCAAAUCAAUUUUUCAAAAGAAGGCAAAGAUACUGGUUUUGUUUCGGAAUCCAAAGGACACAGCUGUUUCUUACUUACAUUUUGCAAAUAGCAUGAACUUGUUUCCAACCCAAAAAAACUGGGAUGAAUUCUUUUCAGACUUCAUCAGCGGAAAAGUACCCUGGGGUCUUUAUUUUGACCAUAUUAUUGAAUGGAACAAGUAUCUGGAUGACAAAAAUGUCAUGUUUAUUACCUAUGAAGAAAUAAAAGAGAAUGCAGCUCUGGGAAUGAAAAAAAUGGCCGACUUCUUUGAUUUUUCUGUGAGUGAACAAGAGAUUCAGUCCAUCGUAGAGAAAACCAGUUUCAAAGCAAUGAAAGAUAGAUCUUCAGAAACCUAUGGAGAAAUGGGCAAGAAUCUUUUCCGUAAAGGUAUAGUGGGUGACUGGAAGAAUAUCUUCUCUGAAGACCAAAAUGAAGAAAUGGAUAGAAAAUUUAAAGAGAGUGUAGCAAGAACAAAGCUUGGAAUGAUUUUAAAGUAUGAUGUAUACUGUAAGUGCUGAGUACUACAAUGUUAUAGAUUUCUUAUGGCACGAAGAGUAAUAGAUUGAUUUGAAUCAAUCAGAAUAUUUUUUUCUAUUUUUAAAACAUCUGCUAUUUCUUAAGAUUGCUUUAACCAUCAGCAAUAAAUAAACUUGAACCAGU